UUUGGGUCCGAAAUCGGGAAUUGGAACGGUGGACACAUGAGCGGCGCCAGCGACAACGAGGACGAAUAUGUUGAGCCUGUGUACCUCGACCUGGAAGGACGAGAAAUGUACUUGGUGAAGCUUCCAAAGGAACUGGGCGCCGCAUGGAAGACCAACACAGACACUGAAGUCGUAUUGGGCACACUCAAGAUGAACAAGCGCGAUGCUGCAGGCUUCCGCAAGGGCCAGUUGAGUGUGAAUCCGGAGACGCUGUCCGAGGAGAUUCCAUUAGAUUACCGUACGGUGCUGGCGCCAACCAACUUGUCCCUCAAGGUGUUCUCGCAAGACGGAUCGGGUCGCAUGGCAAUCGAAGGCAAGAUUACGGAGUCGUGUACGUUGAUGCCGCAACCGGGUGCGCUGUACAAGAAGCAGCUCGGAGACCGGUACAUCAAGUCGAUGCAAAAGGGUACCGUCGUUCCUCUCGAGAGCACGCCGAAGCAGGUGAAGGGCAGCAUCACGCUCAAGAUCCCGAAGCCGCGGGAGAGCGACGAUGAAGAAGAGGAUGACGCAAAGUACAGCAAAGAGAAGGACAGCAAGAAGAUUAAGAUGGACCGCGAAGCCCUGAAGAACGAGAUCUUCAAACAAUUCGAGAAGCGCGACUUCUGGCCGCUGAAGGAGCUCAACUUGCAUUGCCGGCAGCCCGAGGCGUAUUUGAAAGAAAUCUUGCGCGAGAUCUGCAUUUACCACAAGAAAGGGCCGAACAAGAGCUGCUACGAGUUGCAGCCCCAUCUCAAGGGCCAGCACAACAGCUAAGGCAUCGAUCGGACAAGAUCGUUGUUCGGCUCGACUAUAUAUACGAAUGCAUUCGUUUUUUGGAGGCGAUGCUCCUGGUUACGUC